GAUGUUCAACGUGCGAGAACGUUUUCCCCACACUCAUGUCCCUCGAAGCACACAAGGAGGAAACAAAUCACUGGUCCGACGACGACCUCUUCAUCGACGACGAAGAUGACGACGACGACCUCGACGAGAUCUAUGGUGACGUCCAGAACGAGGAGGAGAGAGAGAAAUUGUUGUAGUCUCCCCUCGAUCGUCUGAAAUUAUCAUCCCCAAACGAACCUACAUACACAAAACGAGAGAAUAUCCAGGAUGUUUAUGAACACAAAAUGUAAGGCGCAACUUACAUGACCUUACCUGACCCCUAAGGAGGUCAAGUUGGGUAUCGAAACACCUAGCCUUUCUUGGAGGCAAAUUUCUUGGUUCUAGAUAUCUUUCCGCCUUAAGGAUCUUAUUUUUCUCUCUAAGUGAUUCUAUUGUGAAUAUAUCUUUGAAAUUAUUCUUUAUUAUUAAAUUAGCAAAGUGAUA